AUGGCUGGGAGAAGGAACAACAACAACAACGGAGAGAUGGGUGGUCAGAACAACCAGUUUCUAGAAGGACUUACAGCACUCCUACAUGAACAGAACCGCAUUCAUGGGGAACAAAUUCAACAAAUACUGCAGGCUAGGGAGCAGGGGAGCACACCCAGACGUUCUGCACCUAGCACGCAACCGGUCUACAAGCAAUUUCGGGAGCUUGGACCGACGGAGUUUAAAGGCACCACAGACCCGAUCGCUGCAGAGGGAUGGAUUCGGUCUCUAGAGACGAUAUUUGACUUCAUGCAGCUCACAGAUGUGGACAAAGUCAGGUGUGCGAUAUUCAUGCUCCGGGAUGAUGCUCGAGUAUGGUGGGAGGGUGCGCAGCUGACUGUAGAUCUGGCUACUUUGACUUGGACUGAUUUUAAAGAGGUAUUCUAUGGAAAGUAUUUCACAGUUGACAACAGGACACGGCUGGCACGGGAAUUCUUGGAGCUUCGCCAGGGAGACUUGUCGGUGGCGGAGUAUGUCAGGAGGUUCGAGAGAGGACGCUAUUUCGCACCUAUGAUUACUAGCCAACCAGUCGAGGAGCUGAAGCACUUUACAGAAGGUUUGAGGCCGGCUAUUCGCCAUGAUGUCAGGCUGAGUUGGGUCACCACAUUCCGAGAAGCCGUUGACCAAGCACUGAUGUCCGAAAGAGACAGAAAUGACAUGAUCAAGGAAGCUCAGAACAAGAGACUGAGUUAUCAGGGACGGGAUCAGCAGGAGCCGGGGAAGAAGAAGACAAUUCCUGGUCAGAAUUCAGGAAAACAGCCGUUUAAGCAAGCACAGCCGCGUCAGCAAAUUCAGAAGACACAAGCAGCUGAAGGCACUGGUUUCAGGGUCGAAAACAAGGUUCGUUGUUCUAAGUGCGAGAAGAUUCAUGCUGGGCAGUGCUUAACAGGUACAGAUGUGUGCUUUAUGUGUAAGAAGUCAGGACACUUCGCGAGGGAAUGCCCACUGCUCAGGGAGCCAACCAAAGGGAGAGUAUUUGCGAUGACUCAAGAGCAGGUGGAUCUGGACACGGCUAUUAUCACAGGUAUGAUUUAUGUUGCCAAUAUUCCAGCCCAUGCAUUAAUAGAUUCCGGAGCUACACAUUCCUUUAUAUCUGAGACCUAUCUCACAAAACUGGGCAUUAUACCUCAACGAAUGGUUGCGGGAUAUAGUGUUUUAUUACCAUCGGGGAGGAAUUGCAUAGCAACGGAUGGUAAAGAACUGUCGAUGAUGAUGCAAAACCAUAUGGUGGGCGCAAGGUUCAUCGUGUUGGGAAUGACAGAGUUUGAUGUGAUCCUUGGCAUGGACUGCUUCACAACUGGCCAUUCCCCACAUGAUCUCCAUGUGUAA